AUGGAUAGUAAUCAGUUUUCAGAAAAUUACUAAGAAAGAUUACCUGACUUUGAAGUUCAUAUUCUUAAGAAACCAAAAAUUGAAAUUAUACAAUAAUUUUAAUAAGAAAGCAUUUAAUCAUUUGAAAUUGAAGGUAGCAAUUUCUUCUUUGUUCUUUUUUAGCUAAACAACCACCAAAAUCUAUAUCUGAUUAAACACUCCUAAAACAAUUAUAAAUUACUUAGUUUACAAAGCAUGCUUAAAAUAAAUAGCAAAAUAAAUAAUAUAAUAAAAAGACCUUAAUUAGAGAAGAUAUUGAAUAUAAUAAGAUUGAUACUCUUAAAAUUAACUUAAAUGAAUUAGGUAUAAAGGAUUCACAUAUCUAAUAACUAGAAUAGUAAAUCGAACAAUUAACAUAAUAAAUUUAAGUAUAAAUAUUAUAAUAAAUUAGUUUUUUAAAACUUCAUCAUUUAAAUAUGAAACUGCAAUCAAAGCCUUCGUAAUUGAAUUAGAUUAGUGUUAAAGGAAUGAUAGGAAUUUGACAAUUGAAAAUAAUAAAAAAAAAUUAGGAUAAUAUUAAUACUUAAGAGAAAAUAAAAUAAUUAAAUAAGUUUGGGUAGAUGGUAAAGAAACUAUUGAUCUCAAAUAAAAAAUACAAGAUAUUGAAUAAUAAUUGGUAGAAUAUGAAGAUUAAACUAAGUAUUUGAAAAUUGAAACAUAAAUUGAAUCAUUAAAUUAUUUGUUUCUUUAAAGAGAAAAGAAAUGCUUAUAGAAAUAAUUAAAUAUUUUAGAGAAUAAAAAAUUGUUAUUUCUCAAAGAAUUAAAAUUAGAAUAUGAUGAAUUACAUGCAAAAUUUAAAAGUGUAGAUUAAUAUCCUGUAAUAGGAGAGAGAUAUAUUUUAUUAUCACUUCUUGGUAAAGGUGGUUUUAGUGAAGUUUACAAGGUAUAAAAUCUAUUGUUAUAUUAUAGGGUUAUGAUUUAAAAGAGAUGAAACAUGUAGCUUGUAAAAUACACUAAUUAAAUUAAAAUUGGACUAUUAAUUCUAAAUCAUAUUAUGUUAAUUUAGUAACAAAAGAGUUCAAGGUACAUAAAGAAUUAUAGCAUCCAAAUAUAUUAAAAUUAUAUGAUUCUGUUGAGAUUGAUUCUAAUACCUUUUGCACAAUAUUAGAAUAUUGUAAUGGUUCAGAUUUAUCUUAUUUCAUGAGGAAAUAUAGUAGUAUAUAAGAGAGAGAAGCAAAAUUAAUAAUUUAACAGUUACUUGAAGCAGUAAAGUAUAUUCAUAUGAAUAAAAUUAUUCAUUAUGAUAUAAAGCCUUAAAAUAUCCUAUUUAAUUAGAAUGAAGUAAAACUGUGUGAUUUUGGAUUAUGCAAAGAAUUAGAAUAAGAAAAUUCUUAAUUGGAAUAUUCUACUUAAGCAGUUGGGACUUAUUGGUAUUUGCCACCAGAAUGUUUUCUAUAAGAAAAUAAAAGUCGUUUAAUAAUAUCGAAUAAGGUUGAUAUUUGGUCAAUUGGUGUAAUCUUUUUUGAAAUGUUAUAUGGGAUGAAACCAUUUGGAAAUGGUGAAAGUUAAGAAACAAUAUUAAAAUAAAAAGUAAAUAUAUAAUAAGAAAUAUUAGAUUAUUUUAAAAUCUGAAAGUGUAACAUUUCCAAAGAAACCUGCUUUGUCAAAUGAAUGCAUAGAGUUUAUAAAAGGAUGCUUAAGUUAUAAUUAAAAUGAUAGAUUUGACAUUCAUUAAGCAUAAAAUCAUCCUUAUAUGAGAAAAUGA